ACGACCAGAAGACCUAAGAAACAUAGACCCACUACCAAACCUUGCGAAUAAAGCCAAGUAAAUGGUACUGGUAGGCCCAUUCUUUACAAAUUUAAUAAUCUAAAAAAAAGUCCAAAAACAAUAAUUAGAAAAAAAAAGGCCUUUGUAGGAAUUGAAAUUGAAACCAAUCAUAAACCCAUUAUCACUAGUACUACUCAACCACAACCACUAUCAUUUGUUUUCUCCUUUUCCUCUUUCUCUCUCGCAAUCGCAACCACCCACUUCUCCAAUGUCGUCUUCCACCACCGUCCACGGCGAGCCUGAACGACGAACAUACUGGUGUCACGAAUGCGACAUGAGUUUAUCCCUCCUCUCUUCCUCCGACUCCGACUCCGAUUCAUCUCCUCUCUUAUGUCCACAGUGCGGUCUCGAUUUCCUCGAACGUAUAGAUCACGAUUCUUCUUCUUCUUCUAAUCUCUUUGACGUCACCAUCGGCGAUUUCGAAGAAGAAGGUGAUGACGACGGAGAUAACGAUAACGACGACGACGAAGAGGACGAAGAAGAUUGGUGUUUCGUCGAUCCAACUGUUAAUUCCGAUGACAAUUUCCUCCUCGAUAGUCCUUACCUUCACCGUCUCCUCCGUCACCUCGCUUCCGAUAACUCUGGAUCAUCCUCCUCCUCCUCUUCCUCUUCCUCUUCGUCGUUGCUGAGAUCUUCAGAUAUCGAUUCGAUUCCUACGAUUCAGAUCUCGUCUUCUAUGCUCUGUUCCACCGACGGUUCAGAUCCCGGUUUACUCUGCGCCGUCUGCAAGGAUGAUUUCGUCGUCGGUGAAUCUGCUCGGAGGUUGCCUUGUAGUCAUAUUUAUCACUCUGGCUGCAUCGUUCCUUGGCUCUCGGAUCAUAACUCGUGUCCGCUUUGUCGGUUCGAGCUACCUACGGCGACUACCAAGGUUGUUGGUUCAGAGAGGAUCAGGUUGUCGGAUCUUGCUACGAUUACAGGUGAUGGUGAUGAUGUGGAGGACGAUUGGCUUGGGAUUAGAAACGCGUUGAGGAGACUGGCUCGUCGUCAUGAGCAGAUGAGAUUGGGUGUGGGGGAGAUGGAGAGGAAUCUUGCUCGGACUGUUUCUGGUCUUGGGAUUGGUAUGAGAAGAGAAGAGAUCCUCCAACUCCAAAGUGGUGGUGAUGAGAGAAGCAACUCCACCACGACGACGACGCCAUUAUUCGGCUUUGAGUUAUAUAUCACAGAGACAAGAGUUGUUGCUUGUUUUUUUUUUUUAAUGUUGAUGCUUUUAGUCAAAUCGUACAUUUCUUUGCUUUGAUCUUAGAUGAAUCAUCAUCUACUUGGAUGCAAUAAUAAAUUGAUGAAACGUUACACUGUAAUGAUUGUUCAACGUUUUCAUUUCUCGAAUGGAAUAUUAUUUAACCGCC